AUGAGCACAUUCGAAAACGUUUCAAAGAAGCCGUCUAUGGCGUCGGAUUCGUCAAACCCAGAGUCACUAUUUUCCACCAAAACUCCAGUCAAGACGGCGAUUCUCCCCGCCAGAUCUCGUAACAGCGAAAUCUCUUCCUCAUUCCCGGUGAUUAAGCCCCAAGGCUCUCGCGAUCCAAACGCACAGAUCAAACCCGUCAAGAGACAGAUCUUAACCUCGCCGGAAAAACCUGAAAUUGUUGCGAAAUUACCCGAAAGGUUCGAGAUUCUGGAGGAAUUCUUCAAAGGACUGGGCACUGCAAUUAGGUUGCUCAAACUAAAGGGCUCUUUGACUACAUUCGCCAAUAUAUCUACCAAGAUCGAAUAUCUCACUAAUCGGGUAUUCUCGUAUGCUCAUUUGGCUCAGAUGAAGCAUAUUUAUCCAGAAGCCAUUGAAGUAAAGAGAGCUUUGAAAUGUGAUGAAGUCACUAGUUGUAUGAAACCUAGUCUUCACAUUAGCUUAAACACCGACGCAAUAGUGCUUGACGAUACAAGUAGCGGAAGUAAAUACAUGGAACUUAGGAAAGUGUUCCACACAAAGCUUGUAGAUUUUUACAAAGCCCAUCCCAAGGACGAAAUUCCCAAAGAACUGCUUCCUGAACCGUUCAAUUCUCUGGAAAAGGAUAGGAUUCCAGAGACAUUAAGAGCAUCUAAACUUGAGGUUGAUGAGUUUGAUGUUCAUAUGGAGGAGAAGGAGCAAGAACAAGAUAUAGUUGACAAACUAGUGAUCCCAGAUUCGACUGAGGAAUGCUUAGUAUCACUCACAGAGUCAAGAGUACUUGGAACCCCAGUCAAAGUCAAGAUUUUAUCAACUCCCUCCAAAGAUUUAUCUACUCCGUCCAAGGAUAUAUCAACACCAAUCCGGCUCAUGAGUGCUACACCGACGUUGCAGCCAUCUAGAAGAAGUAUCACAAUGACUCCAGAUGUUGUUGAUGAUGACAGCUCUGUUAGAUCAACUAAAGGUCUUGAGAGGCGUACAUCUCGCACCAGGUGUCUGAAUUUUGACGCUUUUGAGGAAGAUGGAACUUUGAAUGAUGAUAUCAGUAACGAAUCGGUUGGUAAAGGAAUCAAAUGUGAAGUUGAUGAUGAUUAUGCUUCUGAUGAAGAUAGUCUUCUGCAGUCUAUAAAAGAUAGACCAGAGGCUGAACCUGAGAAGCAGAGUUUACCUAAGGCUGUUGAUUUGAUUCAUAAACUGUUUCACUCAACAAAGCGGACGGUGAUCACCAAGGAGGAGCUUCUUCAGAAGAUGAUUGCAAACCAAAUCCAUAUAACCGAUAGAAGGGAAGUGGAGGAACAGUUAAGCUCGAUGCUGCAGUUGGUCCCGGAUUGGAUUUCUGAAACAAAAGCAUGUUCUGGUGAUUUUCUUGUUCGCAUCAAUAAAGAGUCUGCUGCUGAAACGGUACGUGCAAGACUUGAAGAAGCAACUCCACAGGACAUGUCAACCGUCUAA